UUUAGCCCUUCUUCUACCUGAACAUAUUUUUUCUUUCACCCAGCAGCUGUGCCAUUUCUGAAUUCUUCACCCCUUCUCGAAACUUCCUCUGCCCGAAUUCCUACCUGAAUUAGCACUGGAUCGGGCCUAGGAAGCAGUUUCGGCGUGCAGAAGAACAGAUCUUGUAGUUCUUUAAUUUCUCAGAAUGCCAAAAGAUAGGAGGGUGAAUUCGUCAUCUUUUGACCGGUCUAUGGUGUCCCCUUAUUCUUGCAGCUCGAAGGUAUCAGAUUGCAAGAAUGGCAAAAGCUCUUUGCCUCAAGUCGGGGAUGAGAAGGAGUGGGAAGAAGUUCGAUGCCCUAUUUGUAUGGAGCAGCCUCACAAUGCUGUCUUAUUACUCUGUUCUUCCCACGAGAAAGGUUGCCGCCCUUUUAUCUGUGACACAAGUUAUCGACACUCCAAUUGUUUCGAUCAGUACCGGAAGUCAUCAUCGGUAGCAGAAAAUUUACAUGCUUUAUCAGAAGAACACCAGUCUAAGCUUGUAUGCCCUCUGUGUCGAGGGACGGUGUCAGGGUGGGAUGUUGUCUAUCCUGCAAGAAAAUUCUUGAAUUCUAAGAAAAGAAGUUGUUCUUUAGAAGCUUGUAGCUUUGGUGGGAACUAUGCAGAGCUGAGGAAGCAUGCUAGGCUCGAGCACCCAUCUAGACGCCCAUCAGAGGCCACUCCCAAUCGUCAGGCAAACUGGACAACACUGGAGCAACAAAGGGACAUCGAGGAUGCACAAAUAUACCAGUCAGAUAUGGAGUACGAUGACUUUGACAUGUGGGCUGACUGGGAUGAAUUGCUUGCAGAUGAUUUCUGGAAUUCAAGAAGUGAAUUACUGGAGUGGAUGGCAGACGAUUUUUGGAGUGGAGGAAGCUUGUUUGACUUACCGAGUGGUAUAUCCAAUUUUGAGGAUGAUCUAUCAACUUUAAGUGGUAUCUCUAUGCCACUUUUUGGCUCGUACUUUUCAUUCCCGGGGGAUGACAUAAUGGAUUCUGGCAAUUCAAGAAAUGGAGAUGAUGACAUGAUAGAUUCUGGCAGCUCGAGAAGCGGAGGAGAUGGGCCACAGUGGGGUGGCGUAUCUGGUUCAAGAUUGAAUCUUCAUUUGGGAAAUGCCGCAACAAAUUCAGGGCCCGGGCCAACUUAUCAUAGCGAAAAUGAUGCAAAUGUUUCGAGGUCAAGACCAAGCUAUCAAAGGGAUGCUGAUGCGUUGAAUUCAAGGUCGAGGUCUGGCCAUCACAGAGAAAAUGUAAGAACAACUUCAAGCAAUAGAUCUAGUUAUCACAGUGUCAAUGAUCCUGCGAGUUCAAGGGAAAACAAUCCAAACAAUUCAAGAUCAAGGUAUUACAGAGAACUCGAUCAUGGAAGUUCGAGAAGGAGAUCAAGUUAUCGUAGGGAAAGUGAGCAGCGUGAUUGGAGGUCGAGGUUUCCUCGUAGUAGGGAAUUUGUUGCUCCCGUUAGAGGGUUCGGUACAAGGAGUUUUCAUGGCUCCUCAAGACAGACGCGUAGUGAAAGGGGUGGUCGAGGAGAUUGAGAAUGUACUAAUAUUCUUGUAUUUGUUGCUUUCUUUUUGGCCUUUCGGAUCUAUCCUUUUCUUUAACUCUGCGAGCUCUGUAAUUUUUUUUUUAUUUAUGGUCGAUUUUGUUUGUUGUCCAACUGUAGUACCUGAGCUGCACAUACAGUAUUAUGAUUGAUUUUUUGAA